AUGGACGUUCGCCGGCCACGAUCUAGUCACAAGGUUUCGGUGACUUGGGAUGAGGAUGAGGCUACCGUCACACAUAGGAUGAUGCAGUUUGCCGACGAGUGCAUCGAGACCAGGACCGUGACCACCACCACUACCACAAAGCGGUCGUAUCCUCCCCUCUUUCUCCGCGAGCCUCGCGCCUUGCAUUCACUAGACUCCAAAGAGUACCCGUUGGCAUCGAGGCCGACGCCCCCGGAAUUGCGGAAGCUGAUUUUCCACGUCGACGGCUAUGAACCCGAAUACUGGCAAGAGGAAGACGAAGUCGAUAGUCAGCAGGUUCGACGAUCUCAAAGCACGGAUUAUGCUGGCAACAUCAAGUGUGAGCCUGGGGUCGAAAGCCCCAUCUCAAGCUCAUCUCACCGCCAACUACCUGGGAUGAAUCCUCGAAGGUCUCAAAGAUCCACUACUAGGGCUGUUUCGCCGAACCAGACACCAGUGGCAGCCAGGAGCGCUCGUUUGCUCGCAAAAAAUGGUAAUAUCUCGCAUGCUGUGUCGGAUAAACUGCGUCGAGCUGUGGCACACGGUUCCCGCAAGGAGGCGGACAAGGCAAAAACGCAGUCGCUGGGAUACCUCGCUACCCCUGAUACCUCUGAACUGGCUCCGGGCCACCCGGACCGAACCUCUAGGUUAAGGCACCUCCACCUCGAGAGCUCAGAUGUUGGCACCAGCCAGUCAACCUCGGUGUACGACGCGGCAAGCCCAGCGGGUAGCGAUUCGCAGACAGUCUUCAGCAAUGUUGCCACACCGCCUAUCACGGAUGCAGACCUUCAACCAUUCGACGACGUCGACGAACCCCUGUCGCAAUUAACACGCAGCUUCCGUCCAAGACCGAGUUUGAAUACUAUUGCCGCACAAGAUGUCAGCCUGCCCAGUCCCCGACUAUCUCCCACCCUAGCAGCCACGCAGCUCCAGCCCGACCAGGUUGACGAAGAAGAAGAAGAGGAUGCGUCGUUCUCGACCCAACUCGCACGUUCAGCUCCUAGGCGGUGGAUGGAAGAGAGCCAGACAACUGAGGAAGACGACGCCGAGUUUUCUGGCGCAGCCGACUUUUCCCCUGCGCCUUUCGACACCUCUAUUUCUCGGCCCCAAGCCCCAUCGUCCGGGUACAUGGAUCCGCGCUUGAUGCUGGAAAGCUUCGAUGCCAUGCCGUCCGAAUUCAAGACGUGGAUGAUGUAUCAAUUUCUACGAAGGUGUCCACGGAAAACCCUUCACGUGGUCGCCGAUGUCGUCAAUCCGGCCCUCAAGUGUGACUUUCUCAAACAGCUUCCCCUCGAGCUAAGUCUUCAUGUCUUGUCGUAUCUGGAUCAUCGCGACCUUUGCCGCGCAGCUCAGGUGUCCAAGCGGUGGCGUGAGAUUGUGGACACUAACGAGACUGGCUGGAAGGAGCUGUUGGAUCGUGAUGGAUUUGUGCUUCCGCCAGGGGAAUUACAAAGAGCUAUCAACGAGGGCUGGGGGUGGCAAGACCCCGUUGGGCAUGAGGGCUGUGAAGUCGAUUUGAGCAAGCAAAGUCGGUACACGUCUAGCGAGACCGAGCUCAUCCGUUCCGCCGUCAAGACGGAGAGACCGGAACCCCUACCGAAGACUAGAGGCGCAAAGCGGAAACGCGGUCUAACCCACAUCAAUGCUGACAGGGCUAAGCGGCGCGCUGCUGCCCAAGAGCUGAGAAGUGAAAGAGCCUCACCUCUUAGUAAGACUAGCAAGUCCGAAGGGCCAAUAUCCGCCGCCAAUGCUGCGGCCCUUGCCGUUCCGGACCCACAGAUCGGCCUACCAAGCCUGCGCCAACUUCAUCUUUUCAAGUCGCUAUAUCGAAGACACUACAUGAUCCGGAAGAGCUGGACGAGUGGCAAGGUGAAGCCGGGUCAUGUUGCGUUUGCAGCCCACCCGCGGCACGUUAUCACGUGCCUGCAGUUCGACGACGACAAGAUCAUCACAGGGAGCGACGAUACUUUGAUACACGUUUAUGAUACCAAGACAGGCAAGUUGCGCACAAAACUCGAGGGCCACGAGGGCGGCGUCUGGGCACUCCAAUACGAGGGAAACACGCUUGUGUCGGGUAGCACGGACCGCUCCGUCCGUGUGUGGGAUAUCCAGAAAGGCAUCUGCACUCAGACAUUUUAUGGCCACACCAGUACUGUUCGCUGCCUACAGAUCAUCAUGCCCACCGAUACGGGCAGGGUCCAAGAUGGCCAGCCGGUGAUGAUGCCGCCGAAGCCCCUCAUCAUUACAGGUUCACGCGACAGCCAGCUGCGUGUGUGGCGGUUGCCCGAGGCAGGGUCUCGGCGGUACAUCCAGACUGGCCCGCCGGCCAGUGACGAUCAAUGCCCGUACUUCAUUCGGAUACUCUCUGGGCACACGCAUUCAGUCCGGGCAAUUUCAGGACACGGCGAUACUCUUGUCUCGGGCAGCUACGACAGCACGGUCCGUGUCUGGCGCAUCAGCACCGGCGAGCAGCUGCACGUCCUGCACGGUCACCUGCAAAAGGUGUACUCGGUAGUUCUGGACCACAAGCGGAAUCAUUGCAUUUCGGGAUCGAUGGACUCGCUUGUGAAGAUUUGGGAUCUCAAUACGGGCACAUGCCUCCAUACACUGGAAGGACAUAGCAUGCUAGUCGGUCUCUUAGACCUACGCGAUGAGAAGCUGGUGUCUGCUGCGGCAGACAGUACCCUGAGGAUUUGGGACCCGGAGACCGGCAAGUGCAAAAACACUCUCGAGGCGCAUACCGGAGCUAUUACCUGCUUCCAACACGACGGGCGCAAGGUCAUCUCGGGCAGCGAGAAGACGGUCAAGAUGUGGGAUGUCCAGACCGGCGACUGCAUCCAGGAUCUCCUCACCGACCUGAGGGGUGUAUGGCAGGUCAAAUUUGACGAAAGGAGAUGCGUGGCGGCAGUGCAGCGCGAUAACCUGACGUUUGUGGAGAUUCUCGACUUUGGCGCGGUCCGUGAUGGCAAGCCGCCCGAGGAGCUGGGUAAGCGCAAACUACUAAACGAAGCUGAAGUUCAGCGUCUUAUUGCGGAGGAGGCAUGA